AUGGCCGAGUGCGAGGAGCUGGUGGAGAGCGGCGGCGCCGAGGACAUGCCCCGCGUCGUGGCCGCCCUCGCCGGCAUCCUGGAGCGCGUCACGGACCGCAACGACGCGGCGGCGGCCGCGGAGCUCUCGGCCGUGGCCGUGGCCCCGGCGUCGGCGUUCCGGGCGACGACCAAGCCGGGCAUCUCGGUGCGCGCGUACAUGGCGCGCAUCGCGCGGUUCGCUGGGUGCAGCCCCGCGUGCUACGUCGUGGCCUACGUCUACCUUGACCGCCUCCUGCGCCGCGGCCGCCGCCUUGCGCUCGCCGUCGACUCCUACAGCGUGCACCGCCUCCUCAUCACCGCCGUGCUCGCCGCCGUCAAGUUCAUGGACGACAUAUGCUACAACAACGCCUACUUCGCCAAGGUCGGGGGCAUCAGCCUGGUGGAGAUGAACUACCUGGAGGUGGACUUCCUGUUCGGCGUCGGCUUCGACCUGAACGUAUCGCCGGAGACGUUCGGCGACUACUGCGCCGUGCUGCAGUCCGAGCUGCUGUGCGCGAAGGCGGAGGCUCCCCCGGCGCCACUCAGGCUGCAGUACUGCUGCCUGUCCGAGGACGACGCCGGCGCCGGAUGCAGCGCCCAGCAGCAGCUCGCCGCCUGA